CUGCACUACGGGACCCUCCUGGGCAGCAGAGCCUGUGCCACCAUGGCAGCAGCUGCCUGGGGCAGUGGCUUUCUCAACGCUUUGCUGCACACUGCCAAUACAUUUUCAAUACCUCUCGACCGAAGCAAUGCCCAGGAUCUCUUCUGUGAAAUCCCCCAGAUCCUCAAGCUCUCCUGCUCAGACUCCUACCUAAGGGAAGCUGGGAUGAUUGUGCUUACUGCUUUUCUAAUGCUGGGGUGUUUUGUUUUCAUUGCUCUGUCCUAUGUGCAGAUCUUCAGGGCUGUGUUGAGGAUCCCCUCGCUGCAAGGACGGCACAAAGCCUUUUCUACGUGCCUCCCUCACCUGGUCAUUGUCUCACUGUUUGUCGGCACAGUCAUGUUUGCUCACCUGAAGCCCCCCUCAAUCUCUUCCCCUUCUCUGGACCUGGCGCUGGCAGUUCUGUACUCAGUGGUGCCUCCAGACGAAGGCAGCCCCUAG